CCUGCACCCUGUGCAGCGCGGUCGAUCUUCGCAGGAAAGGAAUCUCCGCCAACCGCCAAGUCAAGAUCCAAAUCAGAGUGAAGGAGACUGUGCUUUCGGGUCAUGUAAUGCGGGCUCAUGUAUGCAAUAUCGAACCCACGUGGAUGACGUGGGGAAGAAUUUUCUUCCACUUUUUGGGAAACAGGGACCCUACAAUUGGCUUUCGGUAGUUGCAGUCCCCACAGCAGCACCAAUUACCGAUGCACCCCACAGCAUAGCUCCCAAAUCCGAGAACUCUCGCCUUCCAGGGGGCUCCCGAUUCAAAAUUGCUUUUGCUACACACGGAACCGUCCAUACUAAAUAUCAUGGCUAACCAGCUGCUGAGUGCUCCGCCCUUCAGGGCCGAACAUAUGGGCUCCUUGCUCCGUCCCGAGAGCCUGCUUGCCGUACGUGAGAAGAUCCGUGACACCGGCAUUUCCGAAGAAGCUGCCGGUCUGCAUGCCGUAGAGAAGGAGACCGUCCGUGAUGUGGUCAAGUUGCAGCAGGAGUUGGGCUACAAAGCCGUCACCUCCGGAGAGUACAAUCGGACCCGUUUUUGGGGACAGAUGUGGGAUGAGUUCGAGGGAACGAUCCGUCUGCAAGAUGCCGAGGCCUCGAUGUUCCGACUUUACCACCCCGAUGUGGUCAGCCUGAUUGAAAAGGACCGCAAGGUCAUGCCUGGCGACUCGGUGAUCGCCGGGUCCAAGCUCUCUUGGAGCCCCGAGAAGUCGCUGUCGAACCUGCACGAAUUGAAGCUGAAAAACAUCAAGUUGACCAUGAUCACUCCCGCAUGGUUCCACAUGCGCUACAAACAGGGCAAGGCCUACACGUCUGAGGCGUACGCCAACGACGCGGAGUAUUUCCAGGAUGUGGCUAACGUGUACCAGGCCGAGCUGGAUGCACUGUACAAAGCUGGGCUGAGGAACGUUCAGUUCGACGACCCCGGCAUGGCGUACUUCUGCUCCAAGGCGUUCCGCCAGGGCUGGGAAGAAGACAAGGACAACAUCGGUACCGUUGAGGAUCUGCUGGACGCCUACAUCCAGCUGUACAAUGACUCUCUGAGCAAGAUCCCCGCAGACAUGCACACGGGUAUUCACCUGUGCCGGGGCAAUUUCAUUGGGGGUAGACACUUUGCCGAGGGAUCGUACGACAUCAUCGCGAAGAAGCUAUUCGAGAAUCUGAACGUGAACACGUUCUACCUCGAGUACGACACGGAGCGGGCGGGUGGUUUCGAGCCGCUCAAGUUCCUGCCCAAGAACAAAUAUGUCGUUGUUGGUGUCAUCAGCACGAAGCUUCGGGAGCUGGAGGACAAGGAGGCGAUGAAGGAGCGGAUCUACAAGGCUGCCGAUUUUGUCAGCGCUGGCAGUGGGGAGACACGUGAGGAGGCACUGAAGCGGAUCUGCAUCAGUCCUCAGUGUGGAUUCAGCACCCACGAGAGCGGAUAUCCUCUCAGUGUGGAGGAUGAGAAGAACAAACUGGCUUUGACCCGGCAGAUUGCCGAUGAGGUCUGGGAACAGCCCUGA